ACCAAUUGAAGGACCCAAGGUACAUUAAGGUUUGAUAGUGGUGUGACUUGACGUGACCGACCAGUUGUAGAUGCAGUGCUCAGGACAAAAGGAUAAUAAUAAUAACCAGAGGCUCAUCCCCAAAACAUCGUCAUUGACUUUCUUGUUUUCUAGUUCCCAUCGUUAAAAUCCCGCAUUCUCGCCUCAAGAGAACUACCUAGAUUUAACAAGAGAAGAUUGAUCCCGGGACUCGACACUCAUUAAUACUCGUCCACGCGCCCAGUACGAAGGUAGUUCUGCUACAAGUACGAGGACUCGAGAGACCAAACAGAACAUACAAAUCAAAGUCAUCCAAUAAAUACAAACCAGUACAGUAAUCCGACAUAACUUCCUUCUUGCUUUCACUCUGUAUAUCUCUCUCGGAAGAAUCAGAAUCAACGAAGCAGAAAAGAGAAAAGAGAAAAGAGAAAAGAGAACACAGAACACAGAACACAGAACACCAACAAAAUGGCAUCCGCAACAUCCGCAGAAUCCGCACCACCACCAUCCGCCACAACAGCAACAGCAACAGCAACGCCGUCAUCGACAUCGACACCCAUACCAUCAACCAUGCGCGCCUGGCAAUACACCCACACCCACGGCGGAAUCGAAAAGAACCUAACACUAAACCCGUCUGCAUCGUUACCUCCCCACGACGCCAAGUCCCUGGGCCACAAUAAAGUCCUGGUCCAGGUUCUAGCGGCCGCACUCAACCCGGUCGACUAUAAACUGGCCGAGGCGCCGGUGUUGUCACGGCUGGCGAUUAAGAAACCUGCCUCGCCGGGGUUGGAUUUUGCGGGACGGGUGGUGGCGGUAGGUACAGGCGAGGGUUCUGCUCACCAUCAUCAUCAGAAACACCAAGAUCAACACACCGCGUUGACACCGUCAACUCUGGUCUUUGGCCGCAUCAAUCCCCCAACCCCAUAUGGUACAUUGGCAGAAUAUACUAUAGCCCAUACGGAUGCGGUGGCCGUUCUUCCUGAGGGAGUGGAUCCUCGAGAUGCAGCGGGCGUGGGUACCGCGGGCCUGACGGCGUAUCAGUCUAUCGUUCCUUAUGUGCGCAAAGAGACGAAAGACCAGCAGCAACAGCGUACUCCUCGGGUGUUUAUCAACGGUGGCAGUGGCGGCACAGGCACUUGGGGCAUUCAGAUUGCCAAAACGCUGGGCUGUUACGUGGUCACGAGCUGUUCGGGCCGUAACGUCGAGUUGUGUAAGUCGUUGGGGGCGGACGAGGUGGUUGAUUACACUACCGAAAAUGUGGUGGAGGCGUUGAAGAAGAAAGCGACUGUAAAGCCCGCUGCUACUACUACUGGAGAGUCAGGGUCAGAAGAUGGCAGAUUCGAUCUUGUCGUUGACAAUGUCGGUUCCCCGGCCGCCUUGUACUGGCGAAGUCAUGAGUUUACUACCCCAAAAGCCAAGUUCGUGCAUGUCGGCGCGGAUAUGUCGUUGCACUCGGGCCUCGAGAUCACGAAAAGGUUGCUGUGGCCGGGGUUCCUGGGCGGUGGAAAGCGGGCUUAUCACUUUAUUGCCACUCGCAACGACGUCGCGCAGCUAGACGAGAUUGGGAAGUGGUUGAAGGAAGGGAAAAUCCGUGCGGUCAAUGAUGAGGUCUUUCCCAUGGAAGACGUGCCGAAGGCAUUUGAAAGGCUCAAGACUAAGCAUGCGAAGGGUAAGAUUGUUGUUUCUGUCAGGAAUGAAUGAUGGACUGUCAUGAGAGCCUACGUGGUGGCCUGGGAAGGGAGCAUGUUGCAUGUCUCCUGUGAACCCGUGUUGCCAGUGAUGCAGGACACCAGGGCAGAACAGGGCUAGAAUGACGGUGGUGCAAAGGCUUAACUCAGCUGGACAGGGCACGGCAAGGCAGUGCCGUUUCACGGAUUUCGGGGGUAUGGAUGCUUUGAGAUGGAAGGGAGAAUGCGGCAACGUCCUACCGGGAUCAGGGCGUGGGAUGGAGGGAGCCUUUGCAUGCCGUGGCCGUCUGCCUACCUCCCUGCGGUACCUAGGUAGGCAGCAGUGGGUUCUGGAUGUAGUUGGGAUCGUCAAUAGUGUAUGCACAGGUUGAGAAGCCGUUCCUGGAAAGCUGGGAGUAUAUUAUGUCAGCCCCAGCGUUCAAAGAAGGGUGUUCACCCGUCGUGGAUGCCUGUAUACCUAGGUGGCAUGACAACUACCAUCAGGCGUUUUGAGUGAGUAACUGGAUUCGGCGUCUUUCAGCACAAGUGGUACAACAGAUUGGAUCAAGGCUUUGGGGAGACAUUGUGCCGGAGAUGGAAGACAGCAGAUCCGCAGGUAGGCAAACGAGUCUGUUUGUCCAGUCGUAGUCGUAUAGCCGGGCGCUGCGUGACGCAGGAAACGAGCUGCCAGUCAUAAUAGUAGUACCUGCAAACCAUCAUUGAGGCUCGGCCGUAGCAGCCGAGUCUGUAGGGCUAGGUACGUACGCACGACUCGGAUGAGUUGCCAUUGCGAUUGCCAAUGCCAUUCCCAGGGUCAUGGUCUGGCGGUCGGGAGGUGGAACCCGAUCGUUGAGUACCACCAAGUAGGCUUCCAGAGCUGCAAGUCGCAUUAGGCCAAUCGGGCGUAAAGGACGGCAGAGAGAGGGCGGUCGAGGUGACAUCGCCUAGGAGCACAAGAUGCAUAAGCAAAAGUAGAGUACGAGGAAAAUCAAGAGAAAAGAGAGGACACACGAACGUAGACUCGGAAUUCAACACGAGGGUGGUUGAGGAUGAGGAAUUGGGACGCAGUCUCCCUCAUCAGAUGAUGUGCUACGUCGUUGGCUUGGUGUUGGUGUUUACUGUUUGCGGAAGAGAGACGGUUGAGAUACGGACAGGCACAGGUGAUGAAUAAUCCCAAUAUUGAGAUAGGCUGGGGGGCUGUAAGAUAGAAUACUCUGAAGUACAGGCAGAGUGGAAGAUGACAAGCGUCGCCACCAUGGUGCAUCCCACAGAAACAGCCCGUGACGGCGCAGUUCCAGUAACAAAAUGCAAACAUGACUGUAGGGUCCUGGUAACAAGGCUAAUUCAUACCG